AUGGAUAAAACACUAUUUAUAUUUAUAUUUAAUAACUCUAUACUAAGAAAAGAGAUAUUCAAAAAAGUUAGAUAUAUCAAUAGAGAUAUAUUGAAAUAUAAUAGUUAUAAAUGGAAUGUUAUUAAAAAUAAACCAAGCUAUUUAGCUGCAUAUGAUUAUUUUGAUCUAUUAAAAGAAAGAUACAAAAAGAUGACUUCAAAGAUGACAUGGUAUGAACGUAUCGUUGGUAGUGCAGAUUUAGAUUCUUUUAUUUCCAGCGUUUUGUUGGUAUUAAUAAAGUACGGUCAUUUACAUACAGUGAAAUACUUUAUAAAGAAACAGAAAUCAUUUAACGAUUUUAUGGUUCAUUACUUGGUAAAGGCUGUUUGUCAUGGUAGAUUUGAAAUUGUCAAGUAUUUGGUUUCUCUCACGAAGCCGACUUUUACACAUACCUUUAUGCUUGGAUAUGCACCACUAGGUUUAAACUUUGAUCUAUUGGUGUGGCUUGUAGAGAAUAAGUUGGCUCGACUCAUUGCUAACGGAUCGAUAAACAAAUAUAUAUACAUAUCAAUGAGAAAUGCAACGGUAGUCGGUAGACUUGACAUGUUACAGUACUUGGUGAACAAUACCAAGACUCGGUUGGAUACAAAAGAUCAUUUGUUUCUUGAGAAUGCAGUGUCUAGUGGAAAUGUCAAAAUGGUAAAAUGGUUGUUAGAGCAAGGAUUUUCAUUUCGAGAAUCAGAGUAUUAUAUUGAUACAGCUGCAGCCAAGAGUCAUCUUGAUCUCGUUAAAUAUCUUCAUCAACAUAAAUAUGGAAGAUCAAGAGGUCAUCUACUUGAUAUUGCAGCGAGAUCAGACAAUUUAGAGCUUCUUCAAUGGAUUCAUGAAAAUCGAACAAACGAAAUAACAACCUGCGAUGCUAUAGACAAAGCAGCCGCCAAUGCAGAUCUACACGUUGUACAAUGGUUGUAUGAAAAUAGGAGUGAAGGUUGCUCAACGCUUGCAAUCGAUAAAGCAUCAUCUGUUAGUUUAACGGUUGUCAAAUGGUUAUUUGAAAAUCAAUCAGCAAAAUGCACACCAAGAGCAAUGGAAAAUGCUUUAGCAGCACGUCAUGCAGAUAUAAUGGAGUGGUUGUUCAUCAAUAUACCAGAAAAGUGUAAUAGGCAACUAUUUACAACGGGUACACUUAGCAAGUUGAUUGAAGAAAACAUUGAAAACAAUGAAACAUUGAUUUUUCUACUUGAACAUCGUCAUCAACUUAUCACAACAGAAGUCAACUUGAAACAAUUACUUGAAUAUUCUAAAUUUUAUAAUAAUUCAAUUGCUAUAAUUAAAUCAUUCAAAUAG